CUGCUUGUCAGUCAGACUUUGAACUGGGUACUGGCGCUCAUCACUGCUUAUCUGUGACCGCUACUUGUCAUCAAAGACGCUGCCAUUGACACUCAUCACCAACGAGCUCAGAAAUACAGAUUAGGAUGAACAGCUGCUGAGAGAGGCAGGAAACUCGGGGGCACUACUGUAGGGACCGAGAGGAGAUUAAACGUUAGCUACGCCGUUUAACGUUCACGUUACUCGGGAGUAGCGAUGGUCCAGUCCAGGGAUAUCUUUUUAGCCUUGCUUCUUGUGGGCUGUACAGUUUCACUGGAAGUGCAGAUUACACCCACACAUGGUGAGAUUAGCCUUGGAGAGUCCAAAUUCUUCAUGUGUGAAGUUGUAGGUGCUGCUAAACACAUAGACUGGUUUGGUCCAAGUGGGGACAGGAUAGAGCCAAACAGACCAGACAUAACGGUAACCCGUAAUGAUGAGUCAUCUUCCAUCCUCACACUUUAUAAAGCUGGAACUGAAAAUGCAGGGACAUACAAGUGUGUCGCUACCAAUGGAGACCAGCAAGCAGAGUCAACUGUUAAAGUGAAAAUCUUUCAAAAAAUUACCUUCACAAAUGCACCAUCCCCUCAAGAGUUUACCGAAGGAGACAAUGCCAACAUUGUUUGUGAUGUUGUCAGCUCUCCUCCCCCCACUGUGCUCUGGAAAUAUAAAGGCGCUAAAAUACAGAUGGAAAAAGAUGUUCGUUUUAAGGUACUAAGCAACAAUCACCUUCAAAUCCGUGGUAUAAAGAAGACAGACGAGGGCUUGUAUACUUGUGAGGGUCGCCUCAUGGCCCGCGGCGAGAUUGAUCUGCGUGUCAUCAAGGUCGUUGUGAAUGUGCUCCCGACCAUCAGAAUAUGGCAGUCAGAAGUAAAUUCCACUGCAGAUGUUGACCAGCCUGCCAUGCUGACAUGUGCUGUUGAUGGCUAUCCAGAACCUAUGGUGACCUGGACAAGGAAUGGGAUCGACCUCGAGGGGGGAGAGAAGUACAGUUUUAAUGAAGAUGGCUCAGAAAUGACAAUAAUGGAUGUUAUCAAACUGGAUGAAGGAGAGUACACCUGCACUGCCAAGAACAAGGCUGGGGAGACUGACCAGGAACUCAGUCUGAGAGUGUUUGUUAAACCCAAGAUCACAUACAUUGUAAACCAGACCACGUCAGAGAUGGAGGAUCAGGUAACUCUGACCUGUGAGGCAUCAGGUGAUCCAACUCCAACCAUCAGCUGGAGCUAUGGUGAGCGUGUCUUCACCGAGGGAGAACAGGCACAUCUAAACAGGAUCUAUCAGGCAUCAUGGACUCGGCCUGAGCAACACAAGAGCGUGGAUGGAAAUGUUGUGGUGAGGAGUGAUGCACGUGUGUCCGCCCUCACUCUGAAGUAUGUGAAGUAUACAGACGCUGGUCAGUACCUCUGUACAGCACGAAGUGCCAUCGGAGAGGAUGAUCAAACAGCUUAUCUGGAGGUUCGCUAUACUCCUAAGAUCCAUGGAACUGUGGCAGUGUAUACCUGGGAGGGGAAUCCUGUCAAUAUCAGCUGUGAGGUCAAAGCUUAUCCCACCGAUGUGUCUAUAACUUGGCUUAGAGAUGGACUGCAGCUUCCCAACUCAAACACCACCAACCUUAAGAUCUUCAGAACUCCCUCAUCCAGCUACCUACAGAUUAACCCUGAGUCUGAAAAUGAUUUUGGAAGCUAUAACUGCACUGCCUCAAAUGAGAUGGGCACAGAGUCCAAGGAGUUCCUGCUUAUUCAGGCUGAGGUCCCAUCAGCUCCAUACAUAGGGAGGACGAGGCCCUUCUCCACCACUGCAUUGAUCCAGUUUGAGAUGCCCGAAUCCACUGGAGGAGUUCCUGUUCUGAAAUACAAAGCUGAGUGGAGGAUGAAGGGCAGAGGUAGCUGGGUGCAGAAAGUCUAUGAGGACCAAGAUGGCUCCAUUGAUGAGGUGACAAUCACAGGCCUGAAGCCAGACAGCGACUACGAGGUGAAGUUAUCAGCCAUCAAUGGCAAGGGUGAAGGUGAAAGCAGCCCUGCUGAGUUCUUCAAGACCGAGCCUGUUCAAGGGAAUCCCAAUCCUCCUAAGCUGGAAGGGGCACUGCAGCCUAAGGGCAACUCCCUCAAAGUCAGCUGGAUCAAGCAGGAUGAUGGUGGCUCUCCCAUCCUACAUUAUCUUGUCCGUUAUAAGCCAAUGCAAGUGUCAGAGUGGAAACCUGAAAUCCGGCUUCCCAGUGGCAGCGAGUAUGUAGUACUCAGUGGGUUGGAGUGGGACACUGAGUACGAUGUCUAUGUGGUAGCAGAGAAUAAUAGGGGGAGGUCCAAGCCUGCAACAAUGUCCUUUAGGACAUCCUCGGAGCCAGAAGCUAUCCCAGAUUUGGGUGAUGAGUCUGUACUCUCCAUGGGUAUCGUGUUCUGGGCAGGAAUCCUUGUAGUAGUGUUUGUACUCCUGCUGCUGGCUGUGGACGUCACCUGUUACUUUGUCAACAAAUGUGGCCUCAUCAUGUGUCUCUGCGGCAAAUCGGCCUCAGGGACAAAAGGGCAGAAUUUAGAGGAGGGCAAUGCAUCCUUUGUAACGAAAGAUGAGUCCAAAGAGCCGAUAGUGGAAGUCAGAAGAGAAGAUGAGCACACAGCCAACCAUAACGCAGCAGGACCGAUGGAGCCCAAUGAAACUACACCUCUCACAGAGCCAGAGCCGGUGACUUCUCUGCCACUGGACACCCCCUCCUCCGUAGCCACCAACACUGACACAGCCACUGCAACAAAUGACCCUGCUCAGGACAGCCCCUCUAGCGAGACCACUACACUAACGUGCAGCCUGUCCACACCAGUCAAUGAACCUUCGCCCACCCCUGUUGCUGCUCCGGCCCCGACCCCAGAGUCAAACACGGCCCCGCCAACUCCCGUCAUCACCUCGACUGCCGUUGAAGCUAAAAUGGCCCCGUUUCUUGAACAAAGAGGAAGUAACCUCCCAGAUGAACAGGAGAAAAUAAACACUCCUCCUUGCACCCCUGAGCAGAAUAGACCUCAGAAAUCUGGAACACCAAUACCACCAAAGCGCAGACACUCUCCCAAGCUUGCUGCUCUGAAUGCUAAAAGUAGUCCCCCUGUUUCCCCUCUUGCUGUUUCAUCCCCUCCCAUUCCAGACACCAAGAAACCCGCUCCAAGCCCACCAGUCACUAAGCUCACCACACAGCCAAACACUGCAGCCUUAAACACAGACUCACCAGCACAAGCUGCCUCCUGUCCAGCCACCACUGCCCCUCCAAAACCCAACCCAGAUUCUAAACCUUCAGCACCACAUUCCACUGGCUUCAGCUUUCCUGCUUUUGACACAGAUAAACCCACUGAUGCCGCUGGUGACAAAAACACGCCCACUACCACAAUUACUGCAGGUAGCUUCCCUUUACUGACCACAAGUGCUCUUAAAGAGCCAAAUACUGAAAAGCUCCCCUCUUUAGUCACAGACGUCCCCACACCUUUACCUGUCACCCCGAUAUCUUCAGUAGUCUCGAAUGAUCUCCUCACACCAGCAUCAAACAUGUACGACUUAACAGCUCCAGAUGUAGGGCCCAAAAAUGCAGAUUUACAGCUUGAGCUGACAAAUGGCACAGGAAGACCCUCCCGGCCUCUCUCAGACCUCAUUAGCUUAGAGAGCCCACCCGCAGCCCCCUUUCUGCCCAAUGGAGACGGAGCAGACCUCCCCCCCUCAGGCCCAGUUGUGGAGGCUUCAGAGACUCUGGCCAAGACCGGUCCUCCUGUCAACGAUGAGAAGAUUUUUGCUGAGGAGAAAGUCAAACUGGAUGAGGCAGACUUACCAAAUUCCCUGAUCACUGCAACACACAACAGUGUGAUACAGACAAAUACCACCGAGAACAAAGUAUGAUGGGCCAAGGGGAAAGCCUUAGCCUUACCCAAAACAUUUUGGAGCAGCAACAAGAGGGAAACACUUAAGGAGUUAUGAUUUUCAGUGCCCUUAACAACAUAUUUCAAACAACACGCGUGUUGAUCUGUUAGAGCGCAACUGACUGUGCUUUCAUUUCUUGUUUCAUCCACAAAAUGUUUGCCACAUCUGAGGAAUUUAUCUUAAGCUCAUAAGAGAUUUAUCUUAUUUUUUUAUUAUUUUAUUCAACCAGUCAGAUGAUUUAGAAACAAACUUAUUAUUAAUGAUCACCGGGAAAAUAUAUGAAUAUCUUAUUGUGCAUAGAUUGAGUUACAAUUUUGCACAAGUAUUGGAUUAUUAUGAGAAAUAUACAUGUAAAAAAAACAGAAGAAAAAAAGAAAACAAAUUGAUUAUAUAUAGAAAUUAUUUUUCUUAUGUUCAUGUUCUACUGUGCAAAUGUGAAACUGUUUUUUAAGUUUGUUUUUUGUUUGUGGGCUCGUCUCAUUAAGUAGUUUGUUCUGCAUGUCCGAUUUGAAAAGUGGUUGUAAAGUUUUUACGAAGUUUAUUGUUUUACUUUGUCUGUUACAGGGAUGUUUCGUGUCCCACAGACAAGCUGACGUUGACUGAACAAAGGCCUGAGCUCUGUGUUAGGAUUAUAACCAUAUUUCUUAUGGCUAAAAAAGGGGGGAAAAGAAAAAAGGAAAUUAGCAGAUUAAAUCCCAGCCAGUUGCAGGAGGGGGAGAGAGACCGAUGGAGAUUCCCUCAGCAUGUCGACAGUGUGCAUGAUCGGAUCAGAUUUGGACCACAUUUGAGAUCAAAUUUAUUCAGUUUGUCACUGCCUUACCACAGUGCUAUUAAAAUAACCGCUAAUUAAAGUGGAUUUGAUUAAAUAAAAAUCAUCUCGUUCAACGAAAACAUUCACAUAAAGAAAAAAAAAAAGAGAAAAUACCAACAGAAGUGUUGACUUUCAGCCAAGGGUUAAAGAACUGUGGAUCAAGCGAAUGUCGUGUGAUCUCAAGCUAAAUAUACUCCUCAUGUUUGUUUGGAGGACAACUACUAGUUGGAGUUAGUUGUCUUUCUUACACUUACACUCUGGCUUCAUAAUUUGGGUUGUGCUUUGAAGCUUAGAUAAAAUAAAAUAAAAAAAAUAAUAAUAAAGCAUUUUUGUACUAUUUAAAAACUACAAAGAUUUCUUUUCCAUUCCUGCCUGCAAGCUUGUGCACUGUGUGUCAGUAGAUUGUCUCGUCAUCAGUUUCUAUGAUAAUCUGCAUAGCUUUAUUGUGAGGGAUUUAGCCUGUUCUUUUUAUUUGAUGUAUUAUUAGAACAAAAAUACAAUAAGUGGACUAAUGUGGUCAUUAUAACACGUGUGGUGUAUAAAACUCUCCGUCUCUGGUCACAGCACUAUAUAUUGCCAGCUAUAGUGAAGGAAGGUGUUUUGAGCCUUGGCAUGAAUUCAAUCAGUACUUCAUAACGUAUAACUGCAAGGCACGCAGACGUGCUGGUGUUUGUAUGAGGAAAAACUCUUCUCAUAUUGAUUUAAUGAGUGUUAUCUGCGGGGCUUGUUCUGGCAUAAUUACUCAUGCUUUUUUUAUUUCUCUCCCCCAGUUGUUAUUCAGGUGUUGUGUAAUGUGGUUUUUGGAUUUCUUUUUUUAGUUUUUGUCUCUUUUUGUAUUAAAAAUCGCUCUGCUUGACAAGUUCAGAAUAUCGGUGUCAGGAAGCAGGGUGGUCCACCUGAAACACAAGAACAGACUUUUUUUUACGUUUUAGAUAACAGAUGUGAUGUCAGGAAACCUGACUGCAGAUCUGAAAUGUAAAAGAAGAACUCAGCUUUACACUCCUUGUACUCCACUGCUUUUAACAGACCACCUUGCUCCCUCCUCUCUGGAUGCUCCCUUUUUUUUUUUUUUUUUUUUUUUCUUUUGCUUUAUCAGGGUUUACUCAGAAAACAUGUUGUGUACAGUCUGAGUGAUAACCCGUUUACAAAAUAAAAAUGGUUUCUAAAUCUA